CAGUCGCUGGCUCUUCCGACUCUCGGAGCAUUACGAAGAGCAGCUGAUCGUGCGCUUAUUUAUAUCAUUCUUCUCCAUAUUUUUAGUAUACGUUAUGGCCACUUUGCGUACGGUUCAAUGCGACUCAGCCGAAUUUGAACUUAGCCUUAUUGAGGGUGAUGUGGAAGACAAACGAGUGGCAAUGCUUUGCUUUGAGCCUUGGGUGGUAACACAAAAUGUGCUUAUGAUUCUCAUGUUGACGAUCUUCUUUUAUGGUCUUCCCCUCGUCUUUAAAGUGGGAUUGCUCGUCUUCAUUAGUGUCUCCCACAUUUUAACCAUAGAGGCGUACAUUUUUGCCUGGAAGCGAACUCGUUCGACCAAUGUUGGUCUACAAGCGGAACUAGCUCAUAUCUGGAAUAUCGUAACCAUGUGCUUGGUGGUAAUGCUUCAGGAGCUCCAUGUGACCUAUAUAAGUAAAGUGAAUUAUCACUCCAAGUUGCGCUAUGAAGAGAAACUCAGGCAGACUGAGAAUCGCACUCGAUCUAUACAGAUAAUACUGUCCAAUAUCUUGCCUACCCAUGUGGUUGAUAUAUUCCUGGAUCGUGCUCGGGGUGAGGAGCUCUUCUAUGAGAACUACAACAAGGUAGCCGUCAUGUUUGCCUACAUCGAGAACUUUCAACCGGAUAAAGUGGGUUUAAGGGUGCUCAAUGAAUAUAUUUGUUACUACGAUGAUCUAUUGGCUGAAUACGUGAGCAAUUUCAAAGUGGAGAAGAUCAAGGUUAUUGGCUGGACUUAUAUGGCAGCUUGUGGUUUGCAGCCGGAAAACAUGACGGAUUUCUCAAAACGCCGGCCGGAACGUCAUAGAAAACAACGCAGCAUUUUCAGAAGGAAUGGCCUCAGUUUUCGAGCUGCGGAGGAACACGAACUGCCAAGACGUAGCACCUUUCAGCCACGUUAUGUUCAUCCGGAGCUUAAGACCGAUGACAAUUGUGUACUGACCAUGCUCAACUUUGCUCUGGACAUGCUGCGUGUCAUGCAGGACAUUGCCCUGCAGAACAUGUACCUGGAUUACGGAGGAUCCAUGCGGGGACAGCUGAAGAUCGGCGUCUCUCAUGGUCCUGUUAUGGCCGGAGUUGUGGGUCUGUCACCGCCUCAUUAUGACAUCUGGGGACAUCCCGUCAACAUGGCCUCACGGAUGACUUCCACCGGAGUCCUGGGCGCCAUACAGGUCACCGAGAAUACGGCUUUGAUAUUGCGUUACUUUGACAUCAAGUGCGAUUAUCGGGGAAUGACGCAUGUCAAGGGCGUCGGAGAGAUUCCCACGUAUUUGGUCGCCAUGGAUGAGACUCUGAAUUUCCAGAACUACGACGAUGAGGAGAUGGAUACGUUGCUGAUCAUUAAUGAUAGUACUGUGCCGUCUUCUCCCGUCGAAUCUCGAGUAGUGUUCAUUGAUGUGCCCGAGUCCGUGAGCGAUGACACAGAGAAGGAGAAUGAGAAAGGCACGGAAACGGAUCGCAAACCGGGAGGAGGAACCGAUCAUUCCCAAUCUUAUAGUUAACUUAACAAUGUAACUUUUCUCUGUCUUAUCUGCUAAAUAAUCUUAACAUUAAACUAAAAAGUUAACAUCAAUUUAACUAUCUUUUUUACAGUCA